CCAAGCCGAAGUCUAGAGAUCCCACAGCUAGAUCCAGAGAAUUUUCCCAGCUCGUCAACCCACGGGCAAAGUCCACUUUCUUCCCUGAGGGAGCAGCACCCAACAACUCAGCAGAAGGUCCAGGCUGCUGCUUCUGAGCUUUUGGGGUGGUGCUGAGUGACGGCCCCGCGGACCACGCGCCAAGCAGAUCCCAGGGACUCACCCUCGACCCUCUGGGACCACGUGGGCCCAUAAAUACCAGCCUGUCUGCCGGUUAGACACCAGCCAGGGUGCCCCGGGACGCUCCGCACCAGCAGGGCCAGGGUCUCCCGAAUAUGCCCACCCCCAGGUGCCGCCUCACUCCAGCAUGUGCUCACUGCCCCUGCCCCGGGAGCCCCUGCGCCGCGUGGCGGUGGCCGGGGGCACGCACGGCAACGAGCUGUCGGGCGUCUACCUGGUGCGGCACUGGCUGCUGGCCCCGGCAGAGCUGCAGAGACCCAGCUUCUCCGCAGUGCCGGUGCUGGCCAACCCCGCAGCCACCGCCGCCUGCCGCCGCUAUGUGGACCGCGACCUCAACCGCACCUUCACCAGCACCUUCCUCAAUUCCACGCCUACCCCGGACGACCCAUACGAGGUGACGAGAGCCCGAGAGCUGAACCAGCUGCUGGGGCCCAAGGCCUCGGGCCGGGCCUUUGACUUUGUCCUUGACCUGCACAACACCACGGCCAACAUGGGCACCUGCUUAAUCGCAGAGUCCUCCCACGACGUCUUUGCCUUGCACCUGUGCCGCCAUCUGCAGCUGCAGUACCCCGAGCUGUCCUGCCAGGUCUUCCUGUACCAGCGGUCCGGGGAGGAGAGCCACAAUCUGGACUCCGUGGCCAAAAACGGAUUGGGUCUGGAGCUGGGCCCCCAGCCACAGGGUGUGCUGCGGGCUGACAUUUUCUCCAGGAUGAGGGCCCUGGUGGCCACAGUUCUGGACUUCAUCGAACUCUUCAACCAGGGCACAGCCUUUCCCGCCUUUGAGAUGGAAGCCUAUAGCCCCGUGGGCGUCACGGACUUCCCCCGCACUGCGGCUGGGGACCUGGCAGGCAGCGUGCAUCCUCAGCUGCAGGACCAAGACUUCCAGCCGCUGCAGCCCGGUGAUCCCAUCUUCCAAACGUUCAGCGGAGAGGACCUGCUCUAUGAAGGGGAGUCCACGGUGUACCCCGUGUUCAUUAACGAGGCUGCCUACUAUGAGAAGGGCGUCGCCUUUGUCCAGACUGAAAAGUUGACAUUCUCCGUGCCUGCCAUGCCCGCGCCGACCCCUGCCCCUAGCCCAGCUUCCUAACCCAAGCCACGCCUCCCCAACCUGAGCCUUCCCAUCUGAACCAUGGGUCCUGAGGCACAGCUCCGAGCACGGAGGCCCCUUUUGUCACCGACCAGGCACCACGUUCCUUGCCAGGUCCCCCAACUCCUGGCCUCAGUUUCCUAUUCUAUAAAACGGAAAAUGUCCAG